CAAUUUGAUUGAUUAUUUAAUUAUUUGAUUAAAAAUGGUUUUGUUUUGUUUAUUCAUUGGUUGGUGCAGCUGGUUGUUCCAAAGAUAAUUUGAAAUUUAUAUGUCUUGGGAUUGCCAUUUGUCUGGGCUUCCCCAAACUGUGGAUUCUUGUCUGUAAUUUUGCUCUAAACCUCUCUUCUCUUCUCUCCUCUCUUGCUCUUCGCACUUCUUCCCCUUCUCUUUCUUCUUCAGCAGAGGUAGCAUUAUAUACUUCUUGAACCUAAGCCUCGAAGGAGAUGUGUAGCUGACUCAGUUGUGAAGGGACCAGAAACAAGCACAUCUGAAUUUGAGUUAUAAAUUUUACGAUGUAUUCAAACCAAGCGUUUUCUUCAGGGUCCUAUGCAGAUAUGUUGUCUGGGAAUCCCCUUUUACCUCAUAACUACAGUGAAACUGUUGGAGGACAAAAUGAGUUGAAGUUCAUGACAUCCUUGAGGGACACCAUGACUGUGCAAUCUAUUGAUGGGCAUUCAAAUGCGCCCCCCACAGCUGAUCAAGACUCUUUUUCCAAUGCUGGAGAUUCCCAUUCUCAUCUUGUUCCAAGAACAACACAAUUGGGACUUGUGGACAGUGAGCAAAGUGUACAGAACCAAGGCCUGUCUCUUAGCCUUGGCUCAGUGAUGCCUUCUAUUGCAUCAGUACCUACCUUUCCAUAUCAGUAUCCCGGCGCAAGUUUCUCUUCACUAAUGGCUUCUUCUGUUCCAAAUUUAAAGGGCACUUCAUCUAUUAAAGAUGAUGAAGCCAGCCUACAAAGGGAAUUGAGAAAUGCUGAGUGCAUGGCAUCUUUAGCUUCUUCUGGCUUUCACAAAAGGGAGGGUUUGUUGUAUACUCCACAACACCCCUCAAUGUGCCUCAGUGAAGGCCAAAGCGAUGGAUCACUAGGCUUCUCCAGCAGUGUCUUGAACUCACAAUACCUCAAGGCAGCACAGGAGCUGCUUGAUGAAAUAGUCAAUGUUCGAAAGGCUUUGAAGCAAACUGGUUUAGAGAAGCAACAGAGUUUCCGUGAUAUUGGUUUAGAUGGCUCCAAAGAUUCUGAUGGAAAAUCCACCAGCCAAUCAGGGCAGAUAUCUUCAUGUCCCAAUAGUUCUGCUGCAAACACUUCAUGUGAGCUCUCACCUGCAGAACGACAGAAUUUAUUGGACAAGAAGACAAAACUUCUAUCCAUGUUGGACGAGGUUGAUAAAAGAUACAGACAGUACUGCCACCAGAUGCAGAUCGUGGUUUCAUCUUUUGAUAUGGUUGCUGGUUGUGGAGCAGCUGAACCAUACACCGCACUAGCCUUGCGCACGAUAUCACGUCACUUUCGGUGUUUACGCGAUGCCAUUAGUGGCCAAAUUCAAGUGACUCAAAGGAGCCUUGGAGAACAAGAGGGAAUACCUCGUCUACGCUAUGUUGAUCAGCAGCUUCGGCAGCAAAAGGCCCUUCAGCAACUUGGUGUAAUGCGACAAGCUUGGAGGCCUCAGAGGGGACUUCCUGAAAACUCUGUUUCAAUACUUCGAGCAUGGCUCUUUGAGCAUUUCCUUCAUCCUUAUCCAAAGGAUUCAGAGAAAAUUAUGCUGGCUAGGCAAACUGGCUUAACAAGAAACCAGGUGGCAAAUUGGUUCAUUAAUGCAAGGGUGCGUCUUUGGAAGCCAAUGGUUGAAGAAAUGUACAAAGAAGAAUUUGGAGAUUCCGAGAUGAGCAGCAAUCUAUUACCAUCAGAGAGCCCACUGAAAGCUCCAAGAGAUGAUGUUCAAUCUUCUGACAGCAAAAGGGAAGAGUCCCAGGAAAACUUAAUAACAGUGGAUGAUAGUGUUAUUCAGCAUCAUGGAUUGAAGUUGGAUCAUGCCUCGGAGUUGGAAAGGGGUAUCCAAAGUAGUGAUCAUGAAGAAAAUGCCAUGGAUCCUAGAAUUGGGAAACUGCAGGGUGACCAAAGAUUCAACAUCAAUAACAGCAACAGUUCUUAUUACGGGGAAGGCUGCAUAAUUGCUCCUACUACUGCCACAUAUGAUUUGUCAGAGUUAGGUAACAUUGGUGUAGGUGGACACGUGUCACUAGCAUUGGAAUUGAGGAACUGUGAAAGUGAAGGGUUUGGCGAUGACAUGCAUAGAAGACGUAAGAAAACAUUGGCUUCUUCCCCAGAGGCUGAUCUGCUAGAUUACCAUUUCACAGAGCAAGGAAAGCAACAAAACAAGUUUGGCAAUCCUCACCUAUUACACGAAUUUGUUGUGUGAUGAAGGGUGAAGAGAACAAUGGUAAUGUGUACCACCAAAAUAGUUAGAUAGACAAAAAAGCCUAUGUUGUUAUUUUACUUGGUUGCUCAUUCUUGUUGUCCACAGUUCAUGAAAGUCAUGUAAAUCAUGAACCGUACAAAAAUACACACGUAGGUAUGUGUAGAUAUUCUCUUGUAAUAUGGUGGUGAAGGGAUGAUUGGUUGUAUCAAAGAAUGCAGGCAAUUUUGUAAGGACAAGGAACGUAUCUUGUGCAUCAUGCGUGAUGAAUAAGGAAUCUUGUGAAGAGCGGAAAAGGGGUACCCAUCUGAAUGCAUUGACUCUUGUGCUCUCUCGUCAUUGAAGUUUGUGUCUUUCAUGAAUCACUAUGCUUCAUAAACCAUAACUUCUUCAUGUAAAAGGAGUACAAUCAUAUUGAUUACUUUUGUUAAUACUAUUUGCCUUUGGGUUUAUUGGUGUUGAA